AUCCAGUUUGAUCAGUUGCGAGUCAUCUGUCCUUAUUCACAGUACAUUACAGUCAAAUUCAGAUUAGUCAAUUGCUCAAAACGAUUGACAAUGCAUCCAUGCUUAUCUCUGGGAUCUCUGAAUUGAAGUGCGAAGCCUCGUGAAUGACUUCGGGGUCGGAAUUAUUGUGCGAGCGAUCCGCAUCGAGUUCAAGUCCAUCAUGUUCCUUGGCGACACGAGAGCGCUGGAAGUCGAGUCAAAUUACUUGAGAUCAAAUAUGUGCCGCAGUGACACAUACCUUGCCUGCUGGAUAAUACGUAGAGUGGCAAACAUCCCGGUGCGAUUAUGGCAGGCUGCUUGCAACCGGCUAACUGUGACCUGACCUGACAACAGAUACCGGCGAGUAACUGGUACCCAUGGUUAUGGUGUUCAAAUCGAGUUGCCUGUGGUGCGCGCAAAGCCGUCUCCUCGUAACUUCAAUUUCACUACGCUAUCGCGUAGCAACUGCAAAAUUAUUUGUCGGUGGUUUGAGCUGGGAGACAACUGACAAGGAAUUAAGAGAUCAUUUUAAUACAUAUGGAGAUAUUGAGAGCAUUAAUGUUAAGACAGAUCCCAAUACGGGCAGAUCGAGAGGAUUUGCCUUUAUUGUCUUUGCUAAAGCCGAAGCUCUCGAUAAGAUCAUGUCAGCCGGCGAUCACGUCAUCAACAACAAGAAGGUCGAUCCGAAGAAGGCGAAGGCCAGACAUGGUAAAAUCUUCGUCGGUGGUCUCUCGACGGAGCUGUCCGACGACGAUAUAAAACAUUUCUUCUCACAAUUUGGUAAUAUUGUUGAAGUGGAGAUGCCGUUCGACAAGACAAAGAACCAGAGAAAAGGGUUCUGCUUCAUUACGUUUGAAUCCGAGCAGGUGGUUAACGAGUUGCUCAAGACACCGAAACAGACCAUUAAUGGAAAAGCAGUGGACGUGAAGAAAGCGACACCCAAGUUAGACGGCAUGAGUGGAAUGCGCGGCGGAAUGGUGGGGCGCGGUAGAGGUUCUCGAGGCGGACGAGGUCGUGGAUUUGGAGGACAAGGUGGCUGGGGACAAGGCUAUGGCAGCGGCUACGGAGGAAGUUACAGCCAAGGUGGCUACGGUAGUGGCUACGAUGGUUACGGUGGUUACGAUUAUUAUGGCGGCGGUUAUGGAGGUUACGGUGGUUAUGACUACAGCGGUUACGGCGAUGGCUACGGCUAUGGCGGUGGUAAUUACGAAGGUGGCUACGCGGGCGGGCGCGGUGGUGCACGCGGUAAAGGUGGAUCAGGCUAUGGCGGCAAACAAAGAGGAGGUGGUGGUCGUCAAAAUCAGAGGCACCAGCCAUACUAACGAAAAUCCUCAUUCGCGACCGCAGUGCAAUUCGCGUUGUAAUCGCUGGUAAUCUUCCUCACUACAGAUCUCGUCGUUCGUCCAAUCGUCAUUCCAUUUAACCGCGUCCCUUCCAGAAGAUUUCAACAAACACCACCGUACCGAGAAACCAUAAUCGAGACAGCAGUUAGCGAUUUCAUUUUAUAUUUAAUUCCACGUGUAUAUGCUUCCCUUUCUGCCGUUUACAGCCUAAGCCUGUAAUUGUGUUUCUCCUUUUUAACUAUACGAUUGCGGUAGAAAAGCAAGCAUAUAAAAAAAAAUAUCACUGACAACAUUGAAUGUACGCCGAAUAAGAAAGUGAAGUAUCGACGACAGUAUAAAUAAUCUUGAAAAAAUAAUGUUGCCGUACAAUAGUUGGUGAGAUAAGAAUAGUUGUAUAAAAUAAAAUGAUAUGUAAACACGGUAACACGCGACAUAAAAA